UUCUUCUUCACCACCAACUCCUUCACCCUCUUUCUAUUUUCAACAUACUCCUUCCAUCCUGCAUCGGUUUUCCCUGCCGCAUUUGCGUGUGACUCUCUAAGUACUCGAAUUGCUUGCUUGAUUUCUUCGUCCCACCACUUCACUGCUCUCUUACAAACUAUCAACUUUCUGCCGAGAACUCUACUUGUCGUUGUGUUUACCAGCUUUUCCCACCCUUCUAUGAUUCUAGAUCCGGCCUGGUCCCGACCUUUGGCAUCCUUCGGUGUGCCCAUUGCCUCUAUCAACUCCGAGAGUUUCUUGUCGUUUACAGCCAUCUCUCCUUGAAACUCUACCCUCGUUUCUUCUACUUCUAGCUUAUCUAUUCUCCAUCUGUACAUUUUCCUGCGUCGCCUACUCUGUAUGACUCUCGUCUGUUGUAGGGCUGUCCACACCAACGCAUGGUCUGUAGUGCCUACAUCCGUUGUGCAUACUCGUACUUCCGUCUCUUUCCCCCCAUUCUCUACGACUAUGUAGUCAAGGAUGGAGCGUUCUCCUUUUUUGAAACACUGCCUAGUCCAUUCCGGUUCUGUCUUUCGUACUCUACCGUUCAACACCUUCAUCUCGCUACUGUCAAGGAACCUCAGCAUUUCUUCCCCGUUUUUGUUCGUGGCUCCCUCCCCAUGUUGCCCGAUGGCUCAGUGUGGGUUCGUCGUUCGCCCGAUUCUUGAAUUGAAGUCCCCAACUAAAACUACUUCUCCCUUUCUCUUGAAGUUUUGUACAUCCGCUGCUACCUCCUCGAACCCUAUCUUGAUGUCCUUCACCAUAUUCUUCGACUCUGGUGGUAUAUAUACAUUUCCUACGAACAAGUCCUUCCUUCCCCGUUCCCCUGGUACCCUUAUCCGCGUGCUUUCGUUGAAUUUGGUGUCGCUGAUCACCUCAAAUUACGUCGCACAUGUGCACCUUGACUAAGAAUCCAACUCCCCCCUCCCCUCUACUCUUGAUUUUCUGUCCUCUCCGCAUUUUACCUAUUCAUGUGUAGCUUCCCACUUCUUUUCCUAUUUCUCCCCCGUCCUUCUCCCACGACUCUUGGACUCCGACUAUGUCCAGGUCUUUUUCGGCUGCUUGCUCGGCAAUUUCGAGUCUUUUACGCUCAUCUGUGGCAAACCCGCAUACAUUCCAAGACCCUAGUCUGAUUUCCUUACUCCUACUUUCUACUUUCCCGCGCCUUUCAGGAUUCCUUCUGUCCCUCGUUCGCCUUCCCCUUUGCCUUAUCCUUUCGCUGCUCCCCCCUUCCCCUACUUUGGCUUGCUUUCCGUUUUGAUCAUUUCGAACCUCCUGCCCCCCUUUGUUUUCAGCCAGCCUUGGGCUACGCCUUACUUCCUGGAUCUUAUUUGCUAUGCACACCCUCCAACCUAGUCUCCUCACCCACGCCGACAUCUUCUCUACUUCCAGUCUUUCCCAUUCUGCGCUUACUCUCCUUCCAAACGUGAUUCUAAAGUGGUUUCCUUCCCUUUCUACCCCCCCCCGUGCGAAGCAAUAUAAUCCUACUUCUUCACAUAUACUUUUGAACUCCAACCUUGUCAUGUCGUUAUUGACCCCAAAUAUCAACACUACCAGUACUGCACCUUUCCAUUCUCUCCUUCUCCACCCUUUGUGCCUUGUCGUCUCCCUCCUUAUCUCUUUCGAGACUAUCUCGUUGUUUUUGUUUGAAGUGGGAUGCUUUCAAAUUACUGGGACUUCCCAAUCCUAGUACUUGUUGAGGGUCUGGUGUCUUUCAAUUCUUUUGCCGGCUCACCGACACUAAAAAGUGCCUCCAACAUGGGCUCAUAGCCUGGAGCCAAGUUUAUCACCCUUAGCACAAGUACCCCAAGUUUGUGCCAGGCGAUCUGCAUGGUAACCAACCCAAGCGUCCCACGACCGUAUCUUCUCUCUACUUGCCCCAGCUGCUGUACUGGGUACUUUCCUCCGGGGAGGUCAUUUUCCCCAUGUAGGGUUCAAGGGUGGCUUGCAUAACAGAAGGUCUCACUCACACAUCGGGAUGUCCGUCUCUUCCUUGAUUUUUAUGACAUACAAACAUAAAAAUCUCCUCCUGGUAGACGCCAGAGAGCACUAUCUUCCCUGAUGGCGGUCUAAGUCGACCCAGGGUUGAUAAAUGAGUUACGGUCAUCAACGUUUGUACGGUACACCAUGGGUAGCUACCCCACUAACGCUCCCGAGUAGACCUUCGCUGCCGAAAGCUUGACCAACAAUCCCCCCACACUUUGUACCCGCGUCUAUCCUUCAAGCUUCAAGAUAUCUACGUACCGCUUGGUGCUCCUUCUCUUUUGGGUCAUUUGGUCGGUCAUUUGAAAACAAGGUUCUUGAGUAUGUUAGGUCUGACAUUUUGUCUUGCAUUAUCCACCCCUCUCCUUGCGGAGAAUUCAGGAU